AUGCCUGGGCUUAUUUCCAGGGCUCUGACACUCACUCUCGCGCUUCUCGUCAACGGACAGGCUGAAUUCGAUGCUCUCUCCUAUGUCGACUCCCUCAUCGGCACGACGAAUGGAGGAAACGUUUUCGCCGGCGCAUCACUGCCCUACGGCAUGGUGAAAGCCGUGGCCGACACGAACAGUCCUUCGAGACAGGGCGGCUUUACACUCGACGACAGCAAUGUCACCGGCUUCUCGGUGCUGCAUGACUCGGGCACUGGCGGUUCGCCUUCACUUGGGAAUUUCCCCCUCUUUGCCUACGCCAGCUGUCCACAAGACGACAUCAACCAAUGCGUUUUUCCCAAGAAGGCCCGGGCUAAAUUGGGCACGUUCCGUAACGAAACUGUGAAGUCACGACCCGGCUACUUUGGCAUCACCUUGGACAGCGGCGUGGAGGCUGAGAUGACCACAACCCAGCAUGCUGCCCUGUUUCGCUUCACCUUCCCGCCCAGCACUUCCGGAGGUGUCGCCUCUCCUCUGAUCCUUCAGGAUCUGACGGACCUCUCCGACUCGCGUUUGGAUAAUGCCAGUAUUGUUGCCGACCCUGAACGGCCACGGCUGUCCGGUAGUGCGGUCUUCGCGCCUAGUUUCGGGCAGGGCAAUUACACGGCCUAUUUCUGUACCGACUUCUCUGGGGCACAAGUCCGCGACCGCGGCAUAUUCGUCAACAGCCGCGCUAGUGCUGGUGUCCAUGAGCUGCUCGACCUGAACCGUGGAAUCAACGGUUAUCCACUGCCAGGGGGCGCAUUUAUGCGAUUUAACCUUACCGAUCGUACUGUGCUUGCCAGAACAGGCGUGAGCUUCAUCAGCUCCGCGCAAGCAUGUAAGAAUGCAGAGGCUGAAAUUCCCGACUACAACUUCGAAACCGUCGAGUCAGCUGCCCGUAGUGCUUGGCAGGAAAAGUUGAAACCAGUCAGAGUGUCUACGGGUGGCGGUGUUGACAUGACCUUGAUCACCAAUUUCUACAGUGGUAUAUACAGAACCAUGGUCAAUCCACAGGAUUACACUGGCGAGAAUCCAAAGUGGACUUCGGAUGCCCCUUAUUUCGACUCUUUUUAUUGUCUAUGGGACAGCUUCCGAUCGCAGAUCCCCUUCCUGACUGUCAUUGAUCCCGCAGCCGUCUCCAAAAUGGUUCGCUCGUUGAUCGAUACCUAUGAACACGAAGGCUGGCUUCCUGAUUGUCGCAUGACCUUUAGCAAAGGAUACACACAGGGUGGCUCAAAUGCCGACGUUGUUCUUGCGGAUGCUUUUAUCAAGGGCAUCAGUGAAAAUAUAGACUGGCAAAAGGGCUAUGAAGCCGUACGCAAGGAUGCUGAAGUCGAACCUCACAAUUGGGCCGUGCAGGGACGAGGUGGCCUCGAUAGCUGGAAAGGACUCGGUUACAUUCCCGUCGAAGAUUUCGACUACAAGGGGUUCGGUACCAUGACCCGGAGCGUCUCACGCACCUUGGAGUACAGCUACAACGACUUUUGCAUUGCCCAGAUGGCGGGCGGUCUUAACAAUAGCGAUGAUGUGGUCAAAUAUCGCGAAUCAAGUGGUAACUGGAUCAACUUGUUCAAAACAGACCAAGUAUCAAUGGUAGCAAAUAUUUCCACCACCUUUACCGGAUUUUUCCAAUCCAAGUAUCUCAACCAGACCUGGGGUCACCAGGAUCCCCUGGUGUGCAGCAACAUCGACACUACGGGAACAUCUUGCUCGCUGACGAUCGACGGCCAAGAAACAUUCGAGAGCAGCCUUUGGGAAUACGGCUAUUUCGUGCCUCACGACCAAGCAAAGCUGGUCGAGCUUUACGGUGGCCAGAAAGAAUUUGUCCGCCGACUCGACUUCCUCCAUGAUCAAAACAUUACGUACAUUGGGAACGAGCCCUCUUUCCUGACUGUCUUUCAGUACCACUACGCUGGCAGGCCCGCUCUCUCCGCCCACCGGUCUCAUUUUUACAUCCCUAGGUAUUUCAAUCCUACCCCUGGAGGCCUCCCGGGCAACGACGACAGCGGCGCCAUGGGCUCCUUCGUGGCAUUCUCUAUGAUGGGUCUGUUCCCCAAUCCUGGCCAGGAUGUCUACCUUAUCACGCCUCCGUUCUUUGAGUCGGUGAAUAUAACGAACCCCGUUACGAACAAGACAGCCACAAUCCAAAACAUCAACUUUGACCCAACAUAUGAGGCUAUUUACAUCCAGCAGGCAACCCUAAAUGGGGUUCCUUACACCAAGAACUGGCUCGACCACUCAUUCUUCACCGAAGGCAAACAGCUAGUACUUACGCUGGGACGCAAUGAAAGUAAAUGGGGCACUGAUAUCGAGAGCUUGCCGCCCAGUUUGACAGAUUACACACCAGAUCCUAUAUUGAAUGGUGCUAACUUGCGUGGAAGGGGCCGUUGGGAAGUUGGGGCUCUUGGUUUAUGA